UCCAACAAUGGAUUGAAGCCAUCAUUUUCAUCAUGGUUUUAUUCUUCUUCCAUGUUAAAUAUACUUUUCUUAUAUCCUAAACAAACUAUGUUUAUCAGCAGCACUGUCACUGCAGGCCUUCCUUUUGGGCCUAGUGGACUCGCUGGACAGCUAAUGGGUCCAAAACAAAAGAUGGGUUCAAGUUCCAUGUCCAUUUGGUUUAAAGGAGUUGGUCAUGUACUCAUGUAGGCAGACUCAACUGGGUAGAGAGACAAAUCAAUAUGUCAAGUGCUGAUAUAUCAACCUCUGAUUAAUAUAUUAAAGGUGCCGGCUGGCCAGGGUCACAUCGUGGCCGGCGCAUAUUCUACUUGAACUGAAAGCAGAGUUUUGUACUCUUGUCCAGUUGUCCUUAUCGAUCAAAUCCAUUUUCAUGACAUCAUUAACAAAGAAAACUUAAAAUGUUAAUUAGAAAUGUCCAACAAUGGAUUCAAGCCAUCAUUUUCAUCAUGGUUUUAGUCUUCCUCCAUGUUAAAUACACUUUUCUUGUAUCCUAAGUAAAGAAUGUUUAUCAGCUGCACCGUCGCUGCAAUCCUUCCUUAACCUUGUAUUUCAUAUUCUCUAUGAGCCCCAAACCUUAGUUUAUCAGCAUUCAGCAACAGUACUCAAGAGAAGAAAUGACUCUCAUGAAGAAAAAUUCGAUGAGCUUGAUCGAAAGCCUUCCCCAGGAAAUAAUUAUGGACAUCCUUUCAAGGCUACCACCAAUAUCUUUAUUCCAAAUCAAGUUUGUAUGUCGAUCCUGGCGCAAUUUAGCGCAAGACCCCCUUCUUCUUCUCAUGCAUAACUCCUACAUGAAUCAUAGUGAUCCAUCCAUCAUCUUACACUCAGAUUGUCCGGUCCGAAACCAGAUUUAUUAUUUAGACCUCAACGAAGAGAAUAGGAUGGUGAAGACAAUUCAUGUGCCUCCCCUGCCUGAUUUUGAUUUGGUAGGCUCAUGUAAUGGCUUGCUAUGUCUGUGUGAUAUGAAGCGCCGUGAUCCAAUCUACAUCUUGAAUCCUUUCAUUAGACACUGCACAGAACUGCCAGUAUCAGAAGGCAUGAUUUCUCAUCACUAUGGAAGGCCACUUCUCGGAUUUGGUUUCAAUCCAACAACUAAUGAAUACAAGGUUAUCAAGGUAGCAAAUUAUCCAAUUCCACGACUACGCAGAGGCCCUGCUAGGUUCACUACAGAUGCAUAUGCUGAAAUCUUCACCAUUGGUAGUCACACCUGGAGAAGUUUGGGAAGUCUACCUUACCGCUUUCUUCGACUGCAAUCACAAACCUUGGUCAAUGGAAGACUUCAUUGGUUCACUUGGCAAACAAGAGAGGACGGGUUGGAUCGCAAAUUACUGUCAUUUGACAUAGACAGCGAGCUAUUCCAGGAGGUCGCAACACCCGAGUGUGGCAGCUUUGACAAUCGUGGGUCUUAUUUGAUGGUUCUAAAAGAUUGCCUUUCUGCAGUUGUUUACCAGAAUUGUAGGUAUUGGAAUUUUGAUAUUUGGGUAAUGAGGGAUUACACUGUGAAGGAGUCAUGGAUCAAGAAAUUCAGCAUCGACGGCCAUUACUUGCCGAGAGGACUGGCAGACGAUCGAUCCUUCAGAACGAGUUUCUUUAAAAGAAGACAGGCUAUUAGAGUUGUGUGUGUUCUGAAAAAUGAGGAGGUUUUGUUUGAGUACAAGUGCAGGGCUUUGGUUUCUUAUGACCCGAAAAGUGGAGAAUUCAAAGAUUUUAUGUAUCAUGGAAUGCCGAAUUGGUUUAAAGCUGUUGUUCCUGUGGGCAGCGGGCAGCCUCAACUGGAUUGACAACACCAUGCUUAUGUGAAAUGUAAUGUAAGUUUAAUUAUGUUAAAGUUCAAGUCUUUCUACCAUAUUACACAUUAGAAUUUCCAACCCAUGCACAUCAACAAUAUUAUCCGCUUUGGGUUGUCCGGUUCCCGUGGAUACAUCGGACCCACACGGAUUUCCCUUCUCAUAAGUCACCCAUCCCAAUAGGACUCUCACAUAAGCAUGCGUAACUAUAGAGUUACUAUGAGAUGUAGAAUCAUCUAUAUAUGCUAACAAUUACUCCUAUUUUUUGGUUUUAGUUAAUCCUCCUGAUACAUCACUACGUUCCUAAAGUGAUUUCCAUCAAAAUAUUGAAGUACAUUCCAUGAAUGUUCCAUUGAACAUUCAUGGAACAACAUAACUCAAGUUAUCAAACAGGAGAUGACCUAAAUAUUCAUUCCUAACUCGGCAAUAUACACACAACAAUUCCGAUUCUAGCCACCAAGUGAAUCUAGAAUAGGAAAUGCGAACAGUGAUAUCCGAUUCUCUGUCUAAAUAGCGUAACGAAAUAAACUUUGAAGCAUCGACAAAGAAGGAAAUCUAGGGUUUUCAUGAAUACUAUCCACAUUGAUCAAAUUUAGUAACAACCAAUUCACAGUUCAACGCGAAGACAUUAGAUGACAAAGAAGAUGAG